GAGUCAUCCCGACCGACACAGGUAGCCAAGAAGAGAGGAGGAAACAGGUUGAUCGCAUUUUGUGUGCGGCAGCACGAGCAGAGUUGGUGUGCAUUGCGGGAAUACCUUUGGACUCGUGAAGCUGAACACCCUUAAGAUGGUCUCCACUCAGUUGGCAACCCUGGCAUUCCUGCUUGGCCUAAGCACGUGCUGGGCCAGGACAGCCACCAUCACUGCUCGCCAUGCCGUUGUGGCCCACCCCGAGGUACCUCCGCAUGACAUCUCCGACAUCUACAGUGAGGAAGACAUCUCCGCAACAAUCGUGCCCGAUCCAGUCACUGGCGGGGCUCGUCAAGAGACAGAAGGCUUCACGACGACAAGUGCGCCUUCUAGCCCUCCCGAGACAGAAUCCAGGGCGGAAGUUCCCGCCGUCCUUUCGGACAAGGACCCUCGGUGGGCGUGUCCUCGGAGGGAGGACAUCCACCCGUGCACUUGCGUCGAGGUGCCCGGAAAGGCGGCGGACGAGAUAGAGACCGUCGCGCUGUGCAGGAAUAUUCGCAAUCAAAAGGUACUGUCGGACUCCAUGAAGGGAUUCCAGCACCACCGCAUAGACUACUUUGUCCUGGACUCCUGCAAGCUGCCACCGUUCCCCAAUGGGCUCAUGCAUAAUGUUGAUGUCAAGUGGAUCGAAGUGCUCAACACCACGGUGCAAUUCCACAACGAUUUCCUCACAUGUUCUAAAGGCUGCUUCUAAACGUGCUCGAAAGGGCGACCGAAAAAAAAAAAGGUCCCGUCGAAACGCAUGGCCGCUAAUCAACGUCGUUUGUUACCAAAGGAUGCAGAAAAGUGCAUCUUGUGCACUAAGAGGUGAAGAGAGAGAAAAGUUAAACGUGAUAUAGAUCACUCCUCAGCGGUAGUUUAUUGAGCACUGCUCACGGAGUGCAGUCGCCUCCCUUCUUUUCGUUAAAAAAUAAUCAAUGUAACACAAUAUAUGUGUUUUCAGGCAGAUUUAUAGCAGCUACAUUCAUAAUCAUGUUGUCAUAAUUAUCACAUCGUAAAAAAAAAAGUUUAUAGUCAAGUCAUACCUAGCAAUACAUUCCUGCUCAAUGUUCUGUUACCUUUUGUGGAUGUCACGUGUCCACAUUAACAUCUUACGCUGUUAACUAUGUCUUUAUUACUAACAUAUUUUGUCGAGUGUGUGUUUGUAGAGAAAUUGUGCAAGGAUUGUAAUAUAAGAAAAAUCUUUAGCGUCAGCCUCGACAGUGCAUUUCGCACAAGCUAGGAGAUUACGCAGUUUAGGGCUGCAGCUCGUGCAGUUGCAAAGUUGUGCUAAAAGAAGUUCCUUACGGAUACAUUCCUAGCAGAACAUUUUUUUUUUUGCCUAGAUACGCUCAUUAGAGGUAUGGUGCGGAGCCAAAGAACUACUAUUUCUACUCUAACCUGAUAAUACCUGAAUACUGAAUAAAGGAUUGUCUGGGGCUGA